CAUCCACCCCCCUUUCCUCCCUCUACACCUGUCCUCUGCAAGCUCCCGCGCCGGUGUGACGUGAUACAGACGCAUGGGUCUUUGCCAGUCGAGAAGCUCUACACCACAUCUUGCACCAUGUCUGCUCCGUCUGCUGGCUUCCCUCUGGGUAUCUGCCAUGAACUGGUCGGCCCUGUCCUGUCUACUUACAAGGGGUCUGCCAAUGGUUGCAGCAGCCUCUCCCUCGCUGGGUUCCAUGACACAUGUCGUGUAUUGUGCCCUCAAGCCUUCAUGGGGGAGGGGCGCAUACAGCGAAGGAGGGGAGUGUGUAGAUGUGUGUUGUCGUAAUUUCCAAAGCCUAGUCGUUCGUUGCGCCCUAUCCCGUUCUCGCUCUACGCAAAGUGGAGGUAUCAAGAGAAUAGGGCAGAACCAGAUCUUGAUGGAGUGGAAAGGAGGUGACAUCUGAGAGGCAUGAGAGAGAGAGAGAGAGAGAGAGAAAAGAGACUUACAAACACAGGCGCAGCGGCCAACCUCUCUGCACGGAUC